GCACCGCCACCUGUCGUCGAACAUUUUCACGAUGAUAUGGAGUACAGCCUUCAUCGCAAGAAAUCGUAUCCACACAUGCAUGCGCCAUUAAAAGCAACUCACGGACGAGGUAAAAGGGAAAGGGCAGUUUCUGUUGGUACAGGACCCAAUGUUAGUACUACAGUUUCUCCAAGACAUUCGGAAUCUGAGGCUUCUGAAAGUGUUGAACCGCAGUCCACAAAGUCUCAACAAGAUCGCGCCACUUCCUUAGACCAAGACGACACCAGUCUCGCAUACGAGAGCGUCCUGCUGAGCUCGGAAUCUGAACCACAGAUUUCGGAAAGAGCUGCUACCCAUACUGCCCCUGAUGGGUCUCCUAUUCUGGGACCCUCAAGGGUCCAAUUUUCGCCAAGACGUGGAGAUGGUAGCAGCGAUUAUCACAGAGAUGGCGAUACUGAGGAUGACAGGGAUGGGCCUGAUAAGAGUAAACGAAAAUCGAGACAUCACCACCACCAUCAUCACAAAAGUAGAAAGUAUUCCCUCCAGGAGGAUCCGGAGGCGAGAAAGCAGUCCGGAGCGGAGAGAUUCGGCACAGUCGUUCUGUCCGGAGCUGGAUCAGGAACUGGAUCCGCUUCUGGAUCGGUUUCCGGGUCGGCAGGAGCCCCGAGAAGGAUAUCUAUGCAGCCUGAGGAUAGACAGCUGGAAGAACACGACCAGGAUGAUUUAGUUUCACAUAGGUCAGAUGAUCCCAGAGGGCUCCGCCGACAUAAAAUUCAACCAACCAGAUCAUCCAGCAACUCUUUUGUCCACAUCGCACGCAAAGAAGAAGGUCACAAGUUGUCUAAUCUGUUGACGCAGUCAACUCUGAAGAAACUUUAUGACCACAGUCCACACGAGGUUUUUGUGCAAUUGGAUGAACUAGUCGGUACAGGAGAUGAUCGAGAAUGGAAAGAAACUGCUCGUUGGAUCAAAUACGAGGAAAACGUUGAAGAGGGUUCCGACAGAUGGGGUCGUCCACACGUCGCCUCUUUGAGUUUCCACUCACUUCUCAAUUUGAGAAGAUGCUUGGAAACUGGUGCAGUUUUGUUGGAUUUGGACGAGAAGGAUCUACCAGGAGUUGCCUACAGGAUCGUAGAACAGAUGUUAGUGGACGAACUGAUUCUGGAAGACGACAAGCCCAUCAUCAUGCGUGCUCUUCUGUUACGUCACAGGCACGUUAACGAGAACGACCGAGGGUUUAUGUUUGGAAGUCGUCGGAAAUUCUCGAGUUAUACAAGUUUACAGAACUUAUCCGACGACAAAGGCAAAAAACGAGACCUUCCUUCUUCAACUUUGCACAUCGACCUCUUGACAAGGAAUGCUUUGGGGUCCAAUCGUCGUCUUGGGGCUUCGGAGACCCGUGUGGAUAUGAAAGAAGAAAAUACUUAUUCUGCAUCACAAGAGGACCUUUAUAAAAAGACUCAUAACGAAGCUAUCUUGAAGAGGAUACCAACCGGUGCUGAAGCAACAACAGUCCUGGUCGGUUCCGUAGACUUUCUGGACCAUCCGACCAUUGCCUUCGUGCGUCUCGCCUCCGGGGUACAAAUGCCGACUUUGACCGAAGUUCCAAUACCCGUCCGAUUCAUGUUUGUCUUGCUAGGACCCGACGAUUCUGACCUGGACUAUCACGAAGUUGGCAGAUCUAUAGCUACCUUGAUGGCAAACCGACCAUUCCAUCAAGUGGCUUACAAAGCGGAAGACAGAAGAGAACUACUGUCUGCCAUCAACGAGUUCCUGGACGACUCCAUAGUGCUUCCACCAGGCGACUGGGAGCGCCAGGCCUUGUUGCCAUUUGACGAAAUCAAAGCCAAGAGCGAGAAGAUUAGGCAGAGGCGUGCCAAAGAGGCCAAGGAGGCUGCACUGGGCGGUGAUAAAGGAGGUCCUGGUGGCGGCGGUGAUGAUGGCGGGGACGGGAAGAAAGGAGGAGACGAGAAGAAGACUGGAGGAAGAAAGAAAUUAGUAAGACGUGAACCUUUAGAGAAGACUGGAAAAGCUUUUGGUGGUUUAAUUAACGACAUGCGGUACCGAUUUCCAUUUUACAUUUCUGACUACCUAGACGGAUUGAAUUCGCAGUGUGUUGCUGCUACUAUUUUCAUGUAUUUUGCUGCUUUGUCGACAGCCAUAACUUUUGGAGGAUUGCUCAGCGAUAAAACUCAUAAUUUAAUCGGUAUUUCUGAAACUCUGGUCGCUGCCUCUGGCUGCGGAAUCAUCUUUGCCCUGAUAGCUGGUCAACCUAUGGUCAUCAUAGGAACAACUGGACCUCUGCUCCUUUUAGAUGAAAGUUUAUAUCAAUUUUGUGUCAAUAAUGAUAUAGAUUUCUUGACAUGCAGGCUUUAUAUGGGUUUUUGGAUGGCCAUCACCGCCAUCGUGGUCGCCUCCGUGGAAGGCAGCAGACUUGUGAAACUCUUUACACGUUUCACCGAAGAAAUUUUCUCAGCCUUGAUCUCCUUAAUUUAUAUUUUUGAAUCCAUAAUGAAAUUGAUUUACGUCUUCAAAAGAAAUCCACUAUUAGCAGACUACUGCACUUUAUCAUUUUUGACUGGUGGAUUAUUUGGAACAACCGAUGAUUCCAACUAUACCACCGAGAGCAAUGGAAAUUAUACAACAGAGUUUAACUUCUAUGAAGAAUUAGGCAACGGAACGAGUGAUCCAUGGUCCAUGCAGUCGUCGAAUGAAACUAUGAAGUUGCCGACUAGUGAUGCUUUAGGGCCGAUUAAUCAACCUAAUACGGCCUUGUUUUGCCUCAUUUUGGCGCUUGGAACUUUUACGAUUGCUUAUUAUUUGAGGAUUUUCAGGAAUGGACACUUUUUAGGACGAAAUGCCAGGCGUGCACUAGGCGACUUUGGUGUCCCCAUCGCGAUCGUGAUCAUGGUAACGAUCGAUUAUUUAGUCCCGGGCACUUACACAGACAAACUGAGUGUUCCCGAAGGACUAUCACCCAGCGAUCCCGAGAACAGAGGCUGGAUCAUCCCACUAUUGGGCAAAGAUCCCGAAAACCCAUUCCCAGUUUGGGCAAUGUUUGCAAGCGUUGUCCCUGGAGUCUUGGUCUACAUCUUGGUGUUUAUGGAGACCCAUAUUUCUGAAUUGAUCAUUGACAAGCCAGAAAGGAAUUUGAAGAAAGGUUCAGGUUUCCAUAUGGACAUUGUAGUGAUCUGUAUUCUCAAUGCAGUUUGUGGUGUCAUGGGAGCUCCUUGGCAUUGUGCUGCCACUGUACGUUCCGUCACCCACGUCGCUGCCUUAACCGUCAUGUCCAGGACGCACGCUCCUGGAGAGGCGCCACAUAUCGUUGAAGUCAAAGAACAACGUUUGAGCGCCUUUUUCGUCUCUUUGCUGGUCGGUCUGUCAGUGCUGAUGUCCAAUCUUCUGAGACUGGUGCCAAUGUCUGUACUUUUCGGAGUAUUUUUGUACAUGGGUGUCUCGUCUACAAGUGGUGUCCAAUUCUUUGAUAGGCUUCAAUUGUUCUUUAUGCCUGUCAAACAUCAUCCAAGAGUUCCUUACGUCAGAAGGGUCCAAACAUACAAGAUGCAUCUGUUCACUUGUGUCCAAUUAGUUGCUCUUGCUCUCUUGUGGGUUGUUAAGAGCAGUCGAGCCUCAUUGGCCUUCCCAUUCUUCCUGAUCAUGAUGGUGCCGCUGAGGCAGAAAUUGGCGAAGAUUUUCUCUCCUGAAGAAUUGCAAGCUCUGGACGGUAAACAACCUGAUGGAAGGACAGAAGAUGAACCUGAUUUCUAUGAACAAGCUCCAUUACCAGGAUAA